AUGUACCUGUUUGAUGUGGCCACAGACUGGAACUUGUUUCGGACCAUGCAAGGGUCCUAUUCAGAGUUCAACGAUGACUUCAACCCCAUCUUCCUCGGCAACCAAUCAGACCUGAUGUGUACAUGCUCAUGCACGUCGGGAGACCCGUGCGUCACCCCUCUGUCCAACACAACCCUCUGCGACACCUUUGCGCUCAACGAGGGCGGCUCCUCCUGCAACAUCCGCCAUGUCGUCACCUUGGAUUCCCGCAGCGGUGGCCAAUGCGACUACACAUUUGGCUACGACAAGACAUCCAGCCUGAUUGACGAGCUGAGCAGCCUGCGGUGGGCAUCUCUCGCCAUCAACAUCAUCAUCACCCCGCUUGUCCUGUACUAUCUCGUCUGGCAAGCGCGCCAAGGCCUGGACCACGACGAAGCCACCAUCUCCAGGGUCAUGUCCCGCAAGUCCUCGCGCACAUCAAACUUCGACGCGCACCAGCUGGAAACCAUACAGCAGGAGCAGCUGCAGCACAAACGCCAAUCACAAACUAACUUCUCUGGUUCCGUCUCCAGUGACCACCUCCCGACUGCACCAAACGCCAAACACCCUUGUUUCAACUGCAACUUUGAGCUCCACCCCAAGGCUCGGUUCUGCCCCAACUGCGGCGCCAAGCAGAUGGAGUUCAACAAGGACACCAUGCAGGGAAAGCAGAUUCGACGAUGGCUUAAGCGGUUCUUGGGCAUGAUGCAUCUUCGCAUGGUGUUCCUGCUGUUUGAGGACCUGCCGCAGAUCAUCAUCCUCAUUCGUUACAUUGUCAUCCUCGACUCGAACGAGGGCCUCACCUGCCGCUACUGCGCAGCCAACGGCGCCGCUUGCCGCUUUGCAGACGUCACGAAGCGGACAACCCUCAUCAUCAGUCUUCUGGGAACGUUUGCAUCGCUAUUUGUGUUCCUCUUCCAGAUGACGCUCGCAGAGAUUCGCACAUACCGCACGUACAACUGCUGGCUGGGGUGA